UGAAUCAAGGCCCCUCGAUAGAAGUUAACAUGUUUGGUCUACGUGUUGAGGCACAAAAUUGUUGUUGAUUGUGCACCGUCCCCAUGGUGGACCUCAGGUCUGGAACUAGUACCAUCCCCUACAGCAAGGAUCAAGAGGAGAGAGUUGUCGUAUCCUGCGAGAGAGGAAGGAGAGAAUGGAGAAGAGGGGACUGAAUAAGCAGGCCAAGAUGCUAGCCCUGCUGGAGGAGCAAGAGGCAAAGAAGAAGCAGAUGGAGGAGGAGUCGAAGAAGGAGCAGGAGGAGAAGAUGGCGGCUAUACAAGAGGAGGUGGAGAAAGAAGAAGAAGAAGAAGAAGAAGAAGAAGAAGAAGAAGAAGAAGAAGAAGAAGAAGAAGAUGAAGAAGUAGAGGAAGAAGAGCCGUUGGAGAGAAGGAGAGGGGAAGCUAGCACAAGCAAAGAAAUUGAGAUUGCACGGAUUGCACAAGAGUGGGCCUCACAUUUGGAGUUGGGGGAAGAUAGGGAGGCCGGGAUGGCCAUACCCCAGGAAGAGAGAGGAGGCAGAUUGAGACAGAAAGGGACCCGGUGAAGAGAAAGGCCAAGGAGGAAGAACAACAAAUGGCAUGGAGAUAU